AUGCUGGAGACACCGGUUACGUCUGCUCCUAUCGUAUCCAACUUUUUAUCGAAUCUUCCAGCAUACAGAACUGGGGUAUCGCCAUUAUUAAGAGGAGUUGAAGUUGGCCUUGCGCACGGUUUCUUUGUAGCUGGACCUUUCAUUAAACUUGGACCACUUCGAGCAUCUGAUGCCGCCGAAGUAGCUGGUUGCCUAUCUGGUGCUGGUCUCAUUCUUAUUCUUACAGCGUGCUUAAGCAUCUAUGGUGCCACAGCUUUUCAACGUGAUGAUGUUGUCGGCGUGAAAACUUUGAGUGGACGAGCUAUCAAUCGUGAUCCGUUGCAAACUUCUGACGGUUGGGCUUCCUUCACCUCAGGAUGGCUUGUGGGGGGAUUAUCUGGCGUCGCAUGGUGUUAUAUCCUGACCCAAGUGCUUCCGUAUUACUCUUGA